UCGAAUGUUUGUAACGUUUGUAAAUUGAAGGUUAGUUAGUUUUGCAGAAUUUGUUAUAAAAAUAAUCUCAAAUGGAGAUUAAUUUAUUAAGUAGACACUUAAAGAAUUUCAAACAUCAGUCUGUUUAAUCUAUUUCUGUAGAAAAUAGAUUCUAUGAUAAAUUAGAAAAUAGUCAAGAGUAAAAAUAUAUUUUUCUAUAAUUGAGCAGAGAAAGUGUUUUUGUGUUUAAUAUUGAUAAUGUCGCGCCAGGAUGCCGAUAUCGACUGUGAUAAAGUAUUAGAUAACAAAAAUAUAGACUUAAAUAGUUAUAGAAAACUGGUAAAGUCUUAUAUUGAUUUGCAUCUUUAUAAUGCAGCUUUAUUUUGGGCUGACAAGGUUUUAUCCUUGAGUAACGGUAAUCCAAAAGACGUCUGUAUACUUGCACAAUGUAUGUUUUUAUUAAAACAAUAUCAUCGAGCAGCUCAUCUCAUUAGAAGUCGAGGUCUCGAAAAAAAAGACGUCAUGUGCCACUAUUUGACAGUUCGAAGUUUAUUGGAAGCAAAUGAAUUUACUGAAGCUUUGUCAGUGAUAAAUGAAUUUGAAAUUUGCAACAAUAUGUCUCAAUUAAGUGCCAGUUUUGUAGAUCAUUCAAAUAUUUUAGACACUCCAAAAAAUGUUCAAAGUGCCAUUCUUUACGUAAAAGGAAGAGUUUAUGAAGCAAUGGAUAAUCGAGCAAUGGCGACUGAUUGUUAUAAACAAGCUCUUCAAUGCGAUGUUUAUUCAUAUCAAGCUUUCGAAGCUCUUGUUCAAAACCAAAUGUUGUCUGCCGCUGAAGAAAAAGAACUUUUGGAAUCGUUACCUCUAAGUGAACAGUGUACAGAAGGAGAAGCAGAAUUUUUACGUUUAUUAUAUGAUAGUAAACUGAAAAAAUAUCAAGAACCAACGGAAAGUCAUACGGUGACUUCUUGUGGAGUUAUGGGAGUUCUCGUCACUGAUCGAUUAAGAAAUAAUCUUGACAUGCAAGUUUCAGAAGCUGAACGACUUUAUUACAAUUGCGAUUAUCAGCAGUGUUUUACUCUCACGGAAAGUAUUCUGAAGAAGGAUCCUUAUCACAAUGGCUGCUUACCUGUUCACAUUGCCUGUUUAGUUGAAUUAAAAAAAACGAAUGCUCUUUUUUAUUUGGCUCACAAAUUAGUGGAUUUUUAUCCAGAAAUGGCACUCGCUUGGUUCGCAGUUGGUUGUUACUACUUCAGUAUAGGUAAAAGUGAUCCGGCUAGAAGAUAUCUUGCGAAAGCGACAGCCCUUGAUCGGUUAUUUGGCCCUGCUUGGCUUGCUUAUGGACAUUCAUUUGCUGUUGAAAACGAGCACGAUCAAGCAAUGGCUGCCUAUUUUAAAGCAUCGCAACUUAUGAAAGGCUGCCAUUUACCCCUUUUGUAUAUUGGACUUGAGUGUGGAUUGACAAAUAAUCUUAAACUCGCUGACAAAUUCUUCCAACAGGCACAAACUAUUGCUCCUAAUGAUCCAUUUGUCAUCCAUGAAACGGGAGUUAUUUCUUAUCACAAUGGAGAUUACAAGACGGCAGAACGUCAAUUCAAAGAAGCAAUGAAAAAAAUUCAAAGUGGAUUGAAAGAUGUGAUUUUACCAAACAAAUGGGAAGCCCUUCUUAAUAAUUUGGGACAUACUUGUAGAAAAAUGAAAAAAUAUGACGAGGCUUUAGAAUAUCAUCAACAGGCCUUGGUUUUAAAUCCAUUGAAUCCAACGACUUAUGCAGCAAUUGGAUUCAUUCAAUCGAUGAUGGGAAAUUUACAGGACGCCGUCGAUUCUUGUCACAGAGCUCUUGGUCUCAGAAGGGACGAUACAUUUACUACUACUUUAUUAGGCUAUUUAAUGGAGCAAUUAAUUGACGAAUCGCCUCCCUAUUUAGAUGCACCUCUUGAACUACCACCGUAUAAAUUUCCUGAUACUAAAUUUCCUACCGAGUCCAGUGAAAAUCCAUUAAAUACUGUUGAGGGUCAAGAUCAAAAUAUGGAUAAAUUGCGAGUGAAUUUAUUUUCCGCAUGGGGCGAAGAUUCAGCGAAAGUCGAAGAAAAUUCAACGGAAAAAAUUGAAAGAUCCCGUGAUUCUCUGGUAAAUUAUUCAUCGAGUGAUAUGAGCUCAGAAGUGGAAAUGUUGGAUUCAUCGACCGCUCAUAUAGAAUAUAGCUGAAUUAAUUUAUUUUUCUAUAAUCAAAAGUUUGAUUGAUAAGAUUUCAUGUUUUUUUUUAAUUAUUAAAUUUUUUUUUUUAAAUUUACUGCCCUUUUUUAAAAUUUUUUUUAAAGAAAAAAUUGAAAAUUAAAUUUCUUUUUUGAAAUAUAUUUCCAAAUAACAUUGUGCUAUUAUUUUUAAUAAAGAAUGAAAGAGCACAAUUAAAUUAGUUUAUAACGAUUAGGUAUUUCGAAAUUUUUUUUUUUUUAACUCCAAUAAAAUAGAAAUUUUGGUGAAAUAUUUAUGUAUAAAUUUAUUGAUUUAGAAUGCGAAAGUUGUAAGUAUAUAAAUUUCGAAUUCUUACCAUAAUGUUUGAGUUGCGAUAAUUUAUUGAUCUCUGUAAUUUAUAAUUAUAAAAAAUACAGUUUGUUAUUAUUACCAAA